AUGGCCAGCUUUUGUAGCCAUUUCACAACGACCGCACAACACAUCUGGUCUCUGAUAAAAUGGAAGCCCAGAGCCCUCACCGAACUUUACGAGCGCGAAGCCGACCCGCGCGCACGCUUCCUUGCAUACACCGUUCUUUACCCACUGAUGGCAUACUCGUGCGCGGUCCUGACCUUCAUCGACGCCACCAGUCUCUACAAGGGCCCUCCACCCACAAUCCGUAUCAGCGUCAACGGUGUCGAGCAAGAGAGCUACGCAUUCUACAAAGCCGACGACGCCGCGCCGGGAAAAUACGCCCGCUUCGCCCACGUUGCCCGCCAGCCCAUCCCGAACUGGCUGAUGCCGCCACCCGACAUGUUCUACGUGGUGUUUUUCUUCUUUCAACUUCUCCACAGCUGGGAGUAUCCGCUCGGCCGCCAUCGGAGUCACCGUCUGAGGUCCCCCUACCAAUGGGCCGUCCAGGUUGCCAGUGGCGCUGUGGUCCAACAGUUUCUGAUGGCUCGCAACCAUGGCUGGAGGACCUUGAUUUGCGUCGUUGUACCAUGGAAGAUGCUGCUCGGAUCCAUACUGGAGGAACCGGCGGAAGCUGAGAAUGUCGGAAGCACGGAUCCAAGCCAGAAGAGCCUCCAGGAGCGGGAGAGAAGUCCGGAUGACGUGUGGAUCUGA